UCUCACAGUGUUGUUCAGCAUGCCUUCCUGCUCAGCGCACACACGUAGAGCCUCGCGAACAUCACAAACUCGUGAUACGAAGUUAACGUUAUCACCAUCAAUCAAAUUCAUUUGUUUGCCAGUUUCCCGACAUUUUGGUCUGGAUAAAGCAACGUAAAGCCUGUCGUCGGGAGGGUGCUGCUCUGCACACCGGAUGCUGUGAAGCACGUGUCUAGGUCACCCUCAUCGCCUGUGGCGGCCAUCUGCGCUGUGAUGUUGUGUUGUUCGGGGCGACACUGGUAGAGCCGCCGUAAAUACCGCGCCAACCAUCCAACACUCAGUCACCGGCGGUGUAACACCCUCAGAGCUCAGCUGUGCAGAUAUACGUGCGAUUGACUCCUUCGUGGCCUAACACACGGCGCCAUGCACACGAACGGCGCGCGGAAACAAUCUCUUUGUUCUCCCAGCGCCUCCUCGUGAUUAGUGCGUGGGCGAUGGACUAGUGGUGCCGUCUAGUAGCGCAAGCAGUCAACAAUAAGCUUGGUCAACGAUGAUGGAGGCGCGAUCGAAGCCGACGACACACUGGGAGAAGUUGUCGCCUUCGGAGUUUCAUCAGCUGCAGGAGUACACCUCGUAUUCCAACAAGAAGUUGACCGAUGUACUGGAGGAGUUUCAGGGAGAUGGCGUUCUCUCUAAAUACAACCCGGAGCAGCAUAUUGACUAUGAGGGCUUUAAACUGUUCAUGGACACAUACCUGGAGGUGGACGUGCCGACGGACCUGUGCCAGCAUCUCUUUCUCUCAUUCAUUAAGAAACAUCAGCACAGUCAGAUCAUGCAGCAGAAGCAGCUCGAAGAGUUCAGAGGUAAAGAGCUGAUAAAGGAGGUUGCCGUAGCAACGCAGCAGACGAUGUGCGCACCAAUCACGGCGCAUAACGAGAACAAAGUCGUCAUCGAUGCAGGUCACGGGGGUCACGGCCUGCUCGACAAGUCCGAACCGAAGUCCCAGCAUACAAGUAUGUCGGAAAAGCUUCACGGACUGACGGAGAAGAUACACAUGCUUGGUCACAUAGGAAAACACGAUGGUUCAGCCGGCUCUGAGACGGGCAGCCAGGGGCGCGCAGGCAGCUUCUCCAGUUCCACGCAUCCUUCGAUGAGCAUCCAUCGAACCGACUGCCAGGUAGUUAGCGACGCGAAGUCGGCAGAGUCGUCACCCAUUCCAUCAAACCACUCGAGAAACUCUUCCAAGAAAUCUAAUAAUUCAGUGUUGACGCAGAACGGCCACUCAGAUGACGUCACGUGGGUCAAGAGGUCAGCGUCGUCUCUGCUCAAGUCACACUCUGAGAGCAGCAAGCUGUCAAAGGCUAGCAGCAUAAUAGACAUAUAUACUUCAAGAGUGCCUCUCAAGGACAUCGUUUGCUACCUGUCCCUUCUCGAAGGUGCUAGACCUGAGGACAAGUUGGAAUUUAUGUUCCGGUUAUAUGACACAGACGGGAACGGUAUCUUAGACAACACAGAAUUAGAUUGCAUAGUGAACCAAAUGAUGAACGUAGCUGAAUAUCUUGGUUGGGAUGUGACAGAGCUGCGACCGAUCCUACAAGAUAUGAUGGUGGAGAUUGACUACGAUUCAGACGGCACAGUAUCGCUGGAGGAGUGGAAGCGUGGUGGCAUGACAACUAUUCCCCUGCUAGUACUGCUGGGCCUUGACAUUUUGAGAGAGAUACGCUAG